CUGGGCUGGUCACCGUGAAGAAGCUCUGGACCACUCAGCUUCUGCCCUCCACUGCCUUCUCCUACCUGGGGGAUUUAUAAAGGGCCAGCGGAGCCACUGGAAAUGACCCCAAGGUCUAACUCUUCUCUAGAGACUAAAGCCCAUGGGUGCCUGGGCCUACAUUUUCUUUUGUUCUCCAGAAGAAAAUAUAUGAUUCCUGUGCCAGCAGAUAGGACAGCCAUUCCUCUAUCAGAUGGCUUUCCAAGUCUGCACACAAGCCCACAGUCUCAGCUCAGGGCUUCACAAGGUACAAUGAAAUCCUGGCCUCUCACAGUCAAGGGAUGUGUGUCCCUCUUAGCAGAUUUAGGGCACUUCCCAAAUGACUUGGUAUUUACUCUUAGGAGGCCAGCAUUGGGAAAGGAGGGAGAGGGGGGCUGGUUGGCUCCUCUGUGGACAGGGCAGCUGAAGCUAGAGCUUACAGUCCUCCUUUGGACCUCUAGAAGCAUCUUCCUUGGGCCUAGGAAGGGCCCUCCUACACUGGGGCCAAUGACCACAACUCAGCAGCCUCCUCCUUCUGCUGUUCUGCUCCCCACAGAUGAUCGGUAUCCCGAAAGGGCUGCUCCUGGGCGCCUGCACUUGGAGUCCAGGGCAGACCACCUGGAUGAUGCCUUAGAGGCUGUCCCUUCCCCAUAGAAAACAGUGGGGAGCAGGGAGGCAGUCUCAAAUCUCAACACACACUCUCAUACAUCUCCCAACAGCUGCUGGAAAGCCUUUAGACCAAACUCUGCCCCUACAUUUGGGGGGUUUUCCUGCCACCAGUCAGCCCUGGACUUGGACUCUAGGCUGAUGGCCGGUGCUCCCCCACUCAGCUGCUCAUCUACCUUGUUCGUAGGGAGGCAGUGGGAGAGGGGAGAACAAGACAUUCCUGGCCCCCAUGGCUCAGGAAGGAAGGAAAUGAAGGACUGUGGUUGCUGGAGCGUGUGGGGGGAGGGACACAACAUGAUGGCAGGGGUGGCGCUGCCUCAGCAACCAGCAACGGGCCCUGUCUUGCACUUGCAGCCACAGCUCACUCUCCAUCAUCACACUGGCCCCUCGGUCUCAGGGCCUGGAAACAGCUGGAGGUCGGCUUUACCCCUCCUUCUAAAACCUUUCCUCCCAGAUCUUUGCCUCGCCUUGAAUCACCUUCCCCGCCCACUGGGAUCUUCUCACUCUCCCUAAAUCUGAGAGAGGGACCCAGGCCCUUGCGGUUCCCACUAGUCCGCUGCCUCCCAGCGUCCACGAGGGGGAGCUGUGGGAAGUGUUCCUCUCUUUCACAAGGACCACAUCCCGGGAUGGGGUCUGGACAGAGAGCCUGGUUUGAGCCCUGAUUCCUGUGGAAGCUGGCAGAAGCUGACCCCCAUUUCUUCCCACACGUUCUUUCCCAUGAUGGCAGCUAUAGGAGCUGCUUCUCUCCAUUGCAGAAGUCAGCCUGGUUUCUCCACGCAGGAAUGGGAUUCCUGUGUCUUCCUGGGAGAAUCGUGUUGAUAAGUAUCUUGCAGGAGUGCAUAUUAUGUGUCAUUUCUACCUUUCUGAAUCCCUUUUGAUGACGUUCUGUGGGGUAGAAUCAGGGAGCAUUAGCUUGUUAUUGCAGGGACUGACAGGACAGAUAUUUUAGAGAGCUUCUUUUCCUGCAUCAGGAUCAUGUUGAUACAUUAAAACAAGAGCCUUUAGUACCAUUUGCCAGCAACCUAGCCAUCCAUCAAGAGCAGAGGAGAAGCCAAGCCCUCCUCUCCCUCCCCCACACCUGGUAUAACUCCCCUCUGGCACAAAAUCGCGGAAGGUCCUAUGAAAACUGGGAUUCCCUAAAUUCUUAGACAAGCCAGGCUAUCUCCCCAACUUCGCCCUGAGCCCACCUCCAGGCUCCACCCCACACCAGUCAUGGAUUUCCCACUCUCAUUCCUCUGUUCCCCUAUAGCAAGGCCAGCCCCACACUCUUGGCACCUCAAGAUUCAUCCUCUUGAGAUCCCACAGAAGUGGGAGGCUUCUCCUUCCUUAUCUGGACAGGUAAGACAGACCCUCCAGAGAUGAGCCCCAGGGGUCACAAGCACUUCUUGAACUCUGGAUCCUGCGGGGCUCACACAUGUUGGUACACACAUACACAAAACCCCUUUUUGCAAACAUUCAUGUGGCUGAGAUACUAAGGCCACCAGGGGAUCUAGGGCUCACUGCCUGACCUAGGCCUCUGGCACCUGGGCCACCCACAGUCUUGGUGAGUGACAAGUGCUUUGCUUCUAACUGCCUUCAGCUGUUCUGAGGGCUAUUUAUAUUCUCUUGAAAAAGUGAGGGAGGCUGGUUGCUUAGUUAAUGCUGAGCUCUGACUCCCUGGAGUGGGAGCUGAGCCCAUGGGUCUCAGGGCACCUUUUGAAAGUCCCAAAGUUUGGGAUCCAGCAUACUUAGUCCUUCUGCCCCCUAGCGGCUUUUCUGGCUCUCCUCCAGGCUAUCCCAACCCCCUAUACCCAGCAGGCCAGCUCUCUACCCUGUCCCUGCUCCUCUGUAGGCAUCCAGUCCCAUCCAUCGCUAACAUUCUUGCCCUCCCCUCACAGGCAUCCCCUUUGAGCCCCAGAGUGACUCAUCUUCCCCCUUCCCACCAGCACCCCCUCAACCACACACGACACUGCACACCACAGUGGGUCCCCAUUGUGACAGGGCCCUUUCCUGACCUGCGAGUGACUGGCCACCAGACCUGAUGGCCAAUAUCCUCUGAGGCCAGAGGGCUAACCCCCAUCCUGCUGCCAUCCCUUAGACAAAUGUGCAGUACAACAUCCCUGUGUCCUCUGCCUCCCUUCCGGCCAUCAAGAGCCUGGGCCUCAGGGGCAUCACGUGUGUCGGCCUGACCAACCUGGGUGGCUCGCCAGCUUCGCAUCAGGUGCUGGAGGCUGUGGCCUACCACCUGGGCCCGCAUCUGCAGAGCUUGUGCCUCAGUGGGGGUAACCCCACAGAGGCGUCCUUUGUAGCCUUGGUCCUGGGCUGCCCGGCCCUGCGUAUCCUUGACCUCAGUGGCUGCAACAGCCUCUUCCUAUCGGGCAUGCCGAUAGCUCAGCCCAAGACGGCGCAGCUGGUCCAGCAGGUGUGGAGUGGCCUCCAUGAGCUCAACUUGGCUGGCCUGUGGGACCUGACUGACCUCAGUUUCAGCCGGUUCCGCCACUGUGCCCCCAACCUGGAGCGCCUCUCCUUGGCCUACUGUCACCUCACCUUUGAGCUAGGCCCAGCCCAGGGCUCUCUUGGCCCCCAAGACUUCUCCUGCUCCCAACCCUCCUUCCACAACCUGCUGCAAUUUGUGAAGGAAAGGGCUGGUAGGCUAUGCGGCCUGGACCUGAGUGGUACCGGCUUGCUCCCCAAGGCUGCCAAGGCCCUGGCUCAGGUGGCCGGGCUGCAGCUGAAGGAGCUGAGCCUGCGUGCCUGCCAGGACCUCUCCACAGGGGCUGUGGCUGCCCUUUGCCGUCUGCAAUCAGGCCUGACCUCCCUGGACCUCAGUGGCUGCUCAGAACUGGCUGACGGGGCUCUCCUGGCCAUCAGCUGCGGCCUGGCGUGCCUGCAGUGCCUCCGCCUGAGGAAGCUGCAGCGGCUGACGGACACUGGAUGCACAGCCCUGGGGGCCCUGCAGGAGCUGCACAGCCUGAACUUGGCAGAGUGUGGCCGGGUGAGCGGGUGGGGCCUGGCCCGGGCCCUGGGCUCAGGGCGCAAAGCUCCAGCCCCCUUCGCCUCCCUCAGCCUGGCCUACUGCUCCUCACUCAAGGAUGCCUCAGUAUACUCCCUCAUCCCAGUGCUGGGCCCAAGCCUCAGGGUGCUAGACUUAUCCUCCUGUGUGGCCCUCACCAACAGGACCCAGCAGGCCAUCCGUGCCUCCCUAACCUACCUGUCAGUCCUGCGCCUGGCCUGGUGCAAGGAGCUCCGAGACUGGGGGCUUCUGGGGCUGGGGGACCCAAGUGACGAACCUACACAGGAGCCCCAGCUACAUCAAGAGCUGGAGCAUCAAGCCUUGGGCCCCAAGGACCCUUCUCCCCAGCCACAGGGCUCUUCCCUGCUCAUGCUGCAGGCCCUGUGGGAGCUGGACCUCACAGCCUGCAGCAAACUAACUGAUGCCAGUUUGGCCAAGGUGCUCCAGUUCCCUGAGCUGAGGCAAUUGUCACUGAGCCUAUUGCCAGCACUCACGGACAAGGGCUUGGUGGCCGUGGCCAGGGGCUGCCCCAGCUUGGAGCGCUUGGUGCUGAGUCACUGCAGUCUCCUCAGCAACGAGGGCUGGUCCCAGGCAGCCAGCUCCUGGCCUAGGCUGCAGCACCUCAACCUGGCCAGCUGUGGGCAGCUCACAGAACAAACUCUGGAUACCGUUGGGCAAGCAUGCAAGCAGCUCCGGAUGUUAGAUGUGGCCAUGUGCCCUCGUAUCAGCAUGGCUGCCGUCAGGUGCUUCCAAGCCCAACUGCCCCAGGUGACCUGCGUCCAGUCCCGCUUCAUGGGAGGGGCUGACCUGACCAUAACGCUCUAGGCCAGGUCAGCAACCAACCCUGUGCCUCAGCAGAGUCCCCAUUCCUGGCCUGUUGACCUGGUUUGAUUCAGUGCCUCCUGCCCUCCUCUGCCACAUGCCCCCAAAGCCCCUUUCCCAAGCUAUAAACCCCUUUCUCUAGGACUAGGGGUAGGACUAAUCCAGGGCAGCCCAGCGGGCUUCCUGCCCCACUCUGCCCUAUGGCUCAGCAGGAGCCUUUUCCAGCUUUAUGUUCCAGCUUUAUGUUCCACAGGCCGCUGGAAAUGCCAGCUCCUGCUCUCCUGGACAGGCCUGGAUCCGGAGGCCAGGCCCACAGGUGGGAUGCAUCUGGUACUGGGGAAGAGUAGACCUUGUGCCUCUUGCCCUGC